AUGGCUCUCGACGACAACAGCAACACAAACAGUAACACCGGCAGCAAUGGCAGCAGCACUGCGCACGGCAUGCAUGACAGUGGCUUCGGCAGUGGCAACUCCAGCCCCGAGCUCGAACUUCGCGAGCGGCUUGAGAACCUGCCUCAAGAGCUCUAUAACUACAUCUACGACCUCACGUUCACCGCAGAGGCAAAGAUACGCAUCUACACCUAUGACGAAGACCGUGGUCGAGUCCCCGCUCAACUACGCGAUGCCAUGAAGCAUUACUCCAAGCGAGUUGUUACAGUCCAUGAGAGACCUCCACAUCUGCUGCACGUGGACCGCGCAAGCAGACAGAAUUUCGCAAAGUCCUUCUAUGGGAAUCCCGACUCGAUUUUCAUUUUUUCUGUUGGCUGCUCAUUCCCUGCCAGAGACAACCCGUUCAUAAGUCUCAUGAAGGAUGUCCGCUUGGUCCUAUGGUGCAAUUCCACAGUUCCCUCCCGUUACGGAAGGAAACGCAUCGCAAAAUGGGCUGGAAUCUCCACCGAAAGCAUUGGUUUGAUCUUCUACAAGGACAUUCCGGCGCUCGUGAAAAAGCGUAUCGGAGGUGUUGAGAAGGCUGUUGAAAAGUCUGCAGCCGAAGUCAUCGACUUGACCAUCUGA